GAGAAUUGUGGUAUGUAAACAUGACCCAAGAUAUAUACCAUAUUCCUUAAUCAAGCCCUUUGGCACAGGAGAUAGGCGCUUAGAGUGUCCAAUACCUAGAACCUUGCUACUGUUCAUAUUGAAGGGAAACAAUUUUAUUCAUCGGGACUUGUCUCAUCCUUUCCUUGCCAAGGCAAUCCAAGCCCUCAGGCCAUUGAGGAUAAGACUUGGAGGUUCUUUGCAAGACCAGGUUCUGUAUGAUGUGGGAAGUUUGAAGUCUCCUUGCCAUUCCCUUCAAAAGGUUAAAGGUGGAUUGUUUGGAUUUUCAAAGGGAUGUUUACACAUGAAAAGGUGGGAUGAGCUGAAUCAGUUUUUCUACGAGACAGGGACAAAUGAAGUGGCUCUCUGCAUACAUAUAUUUUCAAUUUUCGGAAAUCUUUCAAAAACCAUUAAAAUAUAUGGUCCUUGCUCUUCUGCAUGGGUAGGAGAAGCUGGAGAGGCAUACAACAGUGGUGGCAAUCAUGUUUCUAACAGAUUUUUAAACAGCUUUUGGUACUUAGAUCAACUUGGAAUAGCAUCCUGCUACAGCACUAAAGUCUAUUGCAGGCAGACUUUAAUUGGAGGGAACUAUGGCCUUCUCAAUACCACCACCUUUGCUCCCAAUCCUGACUACUACAAGUUCUGGCAUAGUUUCUAAACAGUGCAGUUUUGUGGCAUCGGUUAAUGGGAAAGAAGGUUCUUGCGGUCUCAAGUGAUGUUCAUAUUAAAGACUUUUACCAAUAAUUAGGAAAUGUAAGUAGAAGUUAAUGACUUUUACCUACAGUUGAAGAUGAUAGGUACAUAUUAAAGAAUUUUACCUACAGGUAGGAAAUGUUAAUGACUUUUACCUACACAUUAUACAUAGUAGGUAAAACCUAUAGUGAUAGACAAUUAGCCGUCAUUAUACGCCCCCUCAAAGUUGACAGAAGAAACGUUCGUAGGACAAAGUCUAUCAUACAUUUAGCUAUGAAUUUUUUAUUUACAGUGACAGUUUUUAUCUGUAGGUAUAGGUCAUUUUUCUUGUAGUUUGGUCCUUCAAAGGAGUCCCAAAUUAAAUAACAAUUUGUAUCAUUCACACAAACAAGGUAUACAUAUACUUAUGAUCUAAUAGCUACAUUCAACGAUUUUAUUACCUUUGUCCGCAUCUA